UUUUAAAAUCUGCUCAUUAAAUGUUAUCAGAAGCUACAAAAAUAAGUAAAAAAUUGUGUGUCUAAAACAAAAUCUAAAUUAUUACAAGAAUAAAUCGCGAUAUAUUUAAAAUAGGCUAUUGAAUAUGGCAAGCACUUCUUCUGAUCAAAGCACUAUUGCCAAAAAGACAUGGGAAAUGUCAAAUAAUAUUGAAACAAUUAGCACGGUUGAUGAAAUUUAUAGAUAUGAUCGAAAAGAACAACAGGAUAUAUUAGCAGCAAAACCAUGGGAAAAAGAUCCUCAUUUUUUUAAAGAUAUAAAAAUCUCUGCAUUAGCAUUAUUAAAGAUGGUUAUGCAUGCUCGUUCUGGAGGAACUUUAGAAGUAAUGGGUCUUUUGCUUGGAAAAGUUGCAGCAAAUACAAUGAUUGUUAUGGAUUCUUUUGCAUUACCUGUAGAAGGCACAGAAACAAGAGUUAAUGCACAAGCACAGGCAUAUGAAUAUAUGACAGCAUAUAUAGAAGCAGCUAAACAAGUUGGAAGACAAGAAAAUGCUAUUGGAUGGUAUCAUAGCCAUCCUGGUUAUGGAUGCUGGUUAUCAGGUAUUGAUGUAUCUACACAAAUGCUUAAUCAAAAUUUUCAAGAACCAUUUGUUGCUAUUGUAAUUGAUCCUGUAAGAACAAUAUCUGCUGGUAAAGUUUGUUUGGGUGCAUUUAGAACUUAUCCAAAGGGAUAUAAACCAGCAAAUGAAGAGCCAUCUGAGUAUCAAACAAUUCCUUUAAAUAAAAUUGAAGAUUUUGGUGUUCACUGUAAACAAUAUUAUUCUUUAGAAGUUUCUUAUUUCAAAUCAUCAUUAGAUAGAAGAUUACUAGAUUCUUUGUGGAAUAAGUAUUGGGUGAAUACAUUAAGUUCUUCUAGUCUUUUAACAAAUGCUGAUUAUACUACUGGACAAAUAUUUGAUUUAUCAGAUAAACUUGAACAAUCAGAAGUUGCACUUGGAAGAGGAUUUAUUUUAGGUGGAACAGAUCCCCAUGAUCGCAGUACUGUAGAAAAAUUAAUGAAAGCAACAAGAGAUAGUUGUAAAACUACUAUUGAAAUUAUUCACGGAUUAAUGGCACAAAUAAUUAAAGAUAGAUUAUUCAAUCAAGUUGGGUGUAAUCCUAUUGAAUCUCAACAACAAUAAAUUAUAUAUGAAGCAUAAUAAUUAAGAUUAAUUAUAAUAAUAAGAUUGAUCAUAAUAAUUUAAAAUUAAUACGUAAAAUGUAUUUAUAAUAUAAGGAACACUUUUAAUUAAAUUAUAAUAAAA